GGGCCCUCCAUCUGCACAGCCAGGUCACGGAGAGGACGCCAUGACCCCCAGCCUCACGGCCCUGCUCUGCCUGGGGCUGAGUGUGGGCCCCGGGACCCCAGAGCAGGCAGGGGCGCUGCCCAAACCCGCCCUCUGGGCUGAGCCAGGCUCUGUGAUCCUCUGGGGGGAUCCUGUGACCAUCUGGUGUGAGGGGACCCUGGGAGCCCAGGAGUUCCGUGUGUAUAAAGAGGGAAGCUCAGGCUCCUUGGAAGGACGGACCACACUGGAGCCGGGGGACAAGGCCCAGUUACCCAUCCGACAUGUGACAGGGGACUAUGCAGGGAGAUAUCUCUGUGACUAUCACAGCCCCGCUGGCUGGUCAGAGCGCAGUGACCCCCUGGAGCUGGUGGUGCUGACAGGAUCUUACCCCAUACCCAGCCUCUCAGCCCUGCCAAGCCCCAUGGUGACCUCAGGAGGGAACGUGACCCUCCAGUGUGGCUCAUGGCAGGGAUUUGACAGGUUCCGUCUGACUGAGGAAGGAGAACACAAUUCCUCCUGGACCCUGGACUCACAGCAACUCCCCAAUGGGCAGUUCCAGGCCCUGUUUCCUGUGGGCCCUGUGACCCCCAAUCACAGGUGGCUGCUCAGGUGCUAUGGUUACUACAGGAGCACCCCCCAGGUGUGGUCACUCCCCAGUGAGCCCCUGGAGCUCUUGGUCUCAGGCCCAGCCCCGCGCCCCCAGGACUACACGCUGGGGAACCUCCUCCGCCUGGGCGUGGCCGCCUUCCUCCUGCUGGCCCUGGGGGUCCUGCUCUUGGAGGCUCUUCACAGCCACAGGAGGACCCGAGACGCGGCAGGAGGGGGGCCCGGGAGGGGACAAGGCCCCGGCCAGAGCGCAAGAGCCUGGAGGGGACUGUGUGGUCAUUGCACACGGAGGCUGCUGGACACACUGACCAUGGAGGUUCUCCUCAGAACAUGCCUGCACUCCCUCUUGAGAGUGCACUGUCACCUACAGCAAAGCUGCAGCUCUAACUCAAAAUAAAGGAAUC